AAUUCGGGGUGGCAGAUGACAAGCACAAUCCACUGGUCCAGCCCAUCAGACCUGAGGCCCCGCCUUGCUGCCCUCCCUUUGGUCCUGCCUGCUCGGCCUGUUGUCUCCCGCGACGCAGGAGCAGGCUGGCCACGCCCACCUGUUGUGCGGCCUUGUACACUUUGAAUUUGGGGAUUAUUGCGUGUGAUCACUGGGCUCAAAAGCUGCUCCCCGGCUGCCUGGCGCUCAGUUUCUCCUUUCUGGGAACAUGACAGAGUCUCUAGCUCCCGGCACGGCCCCGCCCCGCCGAAGGAAGACCUACUCUUUCUGGUGGUGCCUCCUGGGCAUCUGCGCAGAGGCUGUGUUCUUCCUGCUGUCUACUUUCUCCGAUGCCUGUGAACUACCACCACCAUUUGAAGCCAUGGAGCCCUCUCAACCACCUAAACCCUAUUAUGAGGUUGGCGAGAAAAUACAGUAUAAGUGUAAAAAAGGAUACCUGUAUCUGCUUCCAUUCCUCAUGAUUGCUACCUGUGAGCCAAAUCACACAUGGGUACCUAUUUCAGAUGAUGGUUGUGUUAGAGUACAAUGUGAUAUUCUAAAGAAACCGUUACAUGGCUCAAUACACUACAUAGAUGGAAGGUUUUCAUGGGGUGCUCGAGUUCAUUUUUCUUGUAUGGACGGUUAUUAUCUAGUUGGUAUGCCACUUCUACACUGUGUACUUAAAGGUGAAGAAGAUGCAUAUUGGAGUGGUCCUACCCCACACUGUGAAAAGGUCUAUUGUUCACCACCUCCAAAAAUAAAAAAUGGAACCCACAGCUUUACUGACAUAGAUGUAUUCAAAUACCGUGAAGCAGUAAUUUACAGUUGUGACCAUAACCCGGGGCCUGAUCAGUUUUCCCUUAUUGGGAAGAACAUGAUAUUCUGUACUGACUAUAACACAUGGAGUAGCAAGCCUCCAGAGUGUAAAGUGGUAAAAUGCCCACAUCCAGUACUUGAAAAUGGAAGACAGAUAGCAGGAUUUGGAGAAAAGUUUUCCUAUGAAGCAACAGUGAUAUUAGAGUGCGUGCAGGGCUUUUACAUGAAUGGCAGUGAAAGAGUGGUCUGCGGUGCUAACAGCACUUGGGAACCUGGCAUCCCCACAUGUCUUAAAGGUCCCAAGCCUACUCAUCCCACCAAACCUCCAGUUUACAAUUACCCAGGAUAUCCCAAUCCCCAUAGAGGAAUAUUCGACCAAGAAAUAGAUAACUGGAUCAUUGCUCUGAUCAUCAUCACUUCAGUUGUUGGAAUUAUUGUAAUUUGUCUCAUCAUAUACAGAUGUCUUAAGCACAGGAAGAAAGGAAAUGUAUCUGAAGCAACGUGAAGUCUGGUGUAUUGAGGUCGUUACCAUUCAUUUUUUGAAAACUGGCUCUUCAAGUCUGGCAAAAGUAAACAUAUAUGCAGAAGCUUCUUUCGUGAUUUUUUUGGUUGUUGUUUUGUUGAGUAUAACUCAAAUCUGUGUUUCUAACUGCAGUGAGCCUCUAACAGCUCCUCACAUUUCAGCACCUUUUGCUCUCCAAGGGUUCGCCACACCCAGCCCCAAGUGUGUUGUCCUGCACAGAAUGUUCAGUGACAUGUCACCUACAGGAUAAAGGCUACAUCCCCUAGCAUGAUAGUGGACCUUCUACAAUUGCAGCUCUCCUCCCUAUUCCUCACACUUCUACUGCAUAAAGCACAGCUCAUGUACUUGUCUGUCCUAUGACUGACUUGUCAGGUUUUUAAGGCUUUAUUGCCUUGCCUUGAGUCAGCCACACUUAAGGAUCUGCACAUGUCUAACAGAUGUAACUGUGCUGUCACUGUGCCAU